UUCAAAAAUCAGCAACUAACCCCAAGUUUGAGAAAAGUUUUUCUUGAGGCCUUCAGCAAUAAAAACCCCAAACAAAUACCAGUGCCUUCGUGGGUUGGAAGUCAUAUACAGCAGCAGCAGAAGCUGUGUGGAAAAUGGUGAAACUCUUCUCCUCCUCAACGUCGAUGUCCAAAUUCAUCAUCAUUCUGUCUGUAUCCUUUCUUUGCUCACCAUUAACAUCUGAAGCUGCUGCAUCUUCCUCCUCCCCAGCUGCCUUCGUCAAGAAGACCAUUUCUUCUCACUCCAUCGUCAUCUUCUCCAAAUCCUACUGCCCGUACUGCAGAAAGGCAAAAGCUGUCUUCAAAGAGUUGAACCAAGCACCAUAUGUUGUUGAGCUUGAUGAGAGAGAUGAUGGGUGGAACAUCCAGGAUGCCCUGAGUGAGAUUGUAGGGAGGCGUACUGUGCCUCAGGUGUUCAUCAAUGGAAAGCACAUUGGCGGCUCAGAUGAUACUGUUGAAGCGUUUGAAAGCGGUGAAUUGGCAAAGCUUUUAGGUGUUGCCCCAAAGGAUAAGGAUGACCUCUAAGCCAAAAAUCAAGUGUCUGUUUCCUUUGUUCUCGUACUUUUUGUAGGGUAGUGAUGUAAAAGACUGUAUACUAGUAUUCUGUGAUGAGUUAUCAUUGUAGCUUUCAACCGGUAUUUACGAACAACCGUACUUCAUGUAUCCUUUUAAGAAACCGUCUCAUCGUAAUUUUCAGACCAAAACUCAAAUUACUUGUAGACUUGCAUUGCAAGAGAAUUGAAAUGUUUUAAGGAAUAAAAGAUGACUAUCAA